UAGAAUUAGUUUAGUGAUUAAAUUGUUAAAUAAAAAUAUAAAUAUGGAAAAAAUUGGUCCAGGUCUUUUGUCGAAAUACAUAACAAUUGGUCUUGUUGUCAGUAGUUAUUGGAUUGUUUCGAUUGUCACGGUUUUUGUAAACAAGGCUCUGUUAUCAAGUGACAUGAUAAAUCUUGAUGCUCCAAUGUUUGUCACUUGGUUCCAAUGUAUCAUCAGUUUGUCAAUAUGUUUUACACUAAAUAGAUUAUCUAAAAUAUUUCCAAGGAUUAUAUCAUUUCCUGAUGGUAAUCCAUACACCAGAUCAAACAUCAAAAAAGUCCUGCCAUUGUCAAUAUUAUUUUCUUUGAUGAUUGGAAGUAACAGUCUUUGUUUAAAAUACGUUGAUGUUGCAUUUUAUUACAUUGGAAGAUCAUUGACAACAGUAUUCAAUGUCAUUUUUACAUAUUUAAUUCUUGGACAAAAAACAUCAAAUGGCUGUAUUAUUUGUUGUGGAGUUAUUGUUGCUGGUUUUUGGCUUGGUGUUGAUCAAGAACAUAUGUCAGGAUCUCUAUCAAUUGCUGGUACAUUUUUUGGUGUUCUUGGAUCAAUCAGUUUAUCAUUAUAUUCAAUUCAUACAAAACGUGUUCUUCCACUUAUCAAUGAUGAAAUUUGGCUACUGUCAUACUACAACAAUGCAUACAGUGUAUUUUUAUUUAUUCCAUUGAUGUUAAUUAAUGGUGAAUUAACAACAAUAUCAAAUUAUGAAAAACUUGAUGAUUUUUAUUUUUGGUUUGCAUUGACAAUUGGUGGAGUAUGUGGUUUUUCAAUUGGUUAUGUAACUGCAUUACAAAUUCAAGUAACUUCACCAUUAACACAUAAUAUUAGUGGUACAGCAAAAGCAUGUGCACAAACUGUCAUUGCAACAUAUUGGUUUAAUGAAUCAAAACAAUUUUUAUGGUGGUUUAGUAAUUUUAUUGUUCUUGCUGGAUCAGCAGUGUAUGCUAGACUUAAACAACUUGACAUUGAACGUCAUCAUAAUAGAUCCAAAAAUUUAAUUAAAUAAUUUACUUAUAAUUAAUACAUGUUUUUUUUUUUAUUUUAAAUUAUUUAAAUCUAUAAGCUAUUCCACCACCUCUGCUAUCUGAAUGACUUGUUAAGCUUUGGUGGUGUUGUACAAUUCCAUUGACACUUUUAUAAAUAUUUUUAUCAAUUGACGUGUAAAUUUCAA